CCGGUGACUCUCACUCUCCCUUCUAUUGGUUUACAUUGAGGGGUGUGCCCGCCGGGCUGCAGGCUGGGGCAUUAUGGAACAUAUAUACGCUGCUUUCCCUGUCUUGGAAUUAUUUGGGGACACUGUCACCGUCACCGUGCCAAGGGACCCGCUACACCAUGAAGAUCGAUAUCCACAGCCACAUACUGCCAAAGUCAUGGCCUGACCUUAGAGAGAGAUAUGGGUACGACGGCUGGAUCCAGAUGCAACAUCACUGCCAGGGAGAAGCCAAAAUGAUGAAGGAUGGAAAUAUUUUCCGGGUUGUUCAAGCCAAUUGUUGGGACCCCGACGUGAGGUUACAGGAGAUGGAUAGAACAGGGGUGACGGUCCAGGCCCUCUCUACAGUUCCUGUCAUGUUCAGCUACUGGGCAAAACCUCAAGACACCCUGGACCUCGCCUGUUUCUUAAAUGAUGACCUGGCUGCCACUGUUAAAAAGUAUCCGAAAAGGUUUGUGGGCCUUGGCACCCUUCCCAUGCAGUGCCCCGAGCUUGCUGUGCAGGAAAUGCAUCGCUGCGUGAAGGAGCUGGGAUUCCCCGGGGUACAGAUUGGAUCCCACAUUAACCAAUGGGACCUCAACUCUCCUGAACUCCACCCUGUCUAUGCGGCCGCUGAGGAACUUGACUGCUCUAUCUUUGUGCACCCAUGGGACAUGGAACUGGGUGGGAGAAUGUCCAAAUACUGGCUGCCCUGGCUUGUAGGCAUGCCUGCUGAAACAACAACGGCCAUUUGCUGUAUGGUUCUAGGAGGAAUAUUGGAAAAGUUUCCAAAGCUUAAAGUUUGUUUUGCGCAUGGAGGAGGUGCCUUUCCAUACACAGUUGGUCGUAUUGACCAUGGCUUCAAUGUCCGGCCAGAUCUGUGCGCCGUUGAUAACACAACUGCCCCAUAUUCAUACCUUGGCAAGUUUUAUACAGAUUCCUUGGUCCAUGACCCAAAUGCAAUGAAACUUCUGGUUGAUGUUAUUGGGAAGGACAAGGUGCUUCUGGGAAGCGACUACCCCUUUCCAUUAGGAGAACAUGUUCCUGGACAACUGAUUGAAUCUAUGGAUGAUUUUGAUCAGAAACUUAAGGAGAAGCUAUUGGCUGGAAACGCAUUGGAUUUUCUGGGACUGGACCGGACACAGUUUGAAUGACCGCAUAAAAGGAGUGGGAAUAUUUAUCAUUAUCGGAACAAUUUACAUACAUAAAUAAAUACAAUAAGUACUGUAAUAUUAAAAUAAAUAAGUACUGUAAAUACUGUAUGUAGAAGUAUGGAUUGCCCGGUGCCUAGUCAUGGACCCUUGUGUAAAGUCUUGCACUGAUAUCUGACAAAUGGAAAUUCUUUACUGGUAUCCUUGCCAUUUUAUUCACCCAGUGCGGGCAUCAAUAGACAUGGGCAUUGGCAUCACCGAGGACUUGACUCCAUGCUCUGACUGACUGCCUACAGACCAACGAAUGGAUAGCCUAUGGGAGGCCAGUCAGAACAUGGACCCCUUUCUAAUCGUUCAGGAAAACAACCAACUGAAUCAGCAGAAAAUUAAGAGGAGCUGCACCUCUUCCUAAUCUGCCAGUGCCAGUACUAACAAAUAUGGUGUACUGCCAGAUACAUCGGUUUAAAGGGGGUUGUCUUUUAGUAUGAUGUAAAGAGUAAUGUUCCAAGACAGUUUGCAAUUGGUCUUCAUUUUUUAU